GUCGAGGACAAGCAGACGAGGGAACACGUAGAGCGGCUCUUCAAGAAGCUGGACCUUAACGGCGACGGCGUCGUCACGAUCGACGAGUUCUUGCAGUCGUGUAUGCAGGACGAAGUGAUAACGGAGUCCCUGAAGGUGUUUGAAGGCCUGUAGUUCACACAAGACGUCCUGAGUGUACCUGCUGGAUAGAUCGACUGGAAGCAUGAAGGAGCAGCUGAUCUUCUUAUAGGAAGGUCUAGAAGCUGGAGAUAGUCCCAGAGCGGGCUGGAGAGAAGCAGCUGGCCUAGCACGCCAGUUUGCAAACUGCAGUUUCUUCUGACGAUGAAAAAUGCGUUACUUUUUCCUUUUGGCGUAGCUUUCAAGUAAGAUCAAAUGCGUGAAGGAAAAAGGAGAUGGUAAAUGUUGUUCCUGGACAGGCUUCGCGUGACAUUGCAUACAUAAUAUGAAAGUGCUCAAAACAAUUUUUAGAAACUCAAGUAUUUCAUAAAUCGAAUAUCUGUGUUUAGCAUAAUAUCAGUAUUACUAUGAAUUCGAAACAAAUUGUUGUAUCUGUUGCUGAGAGUUCCUUUUCGCUUUUGUUGAUAAGAGUGUGUUUGACUGUUUCCUAACACGAGUCAUACAAAGUACAGGAGCACCAAGUUACCUCAAGUUACUAUACCGUGCAUUAUCCAAAGGAGCACCUCGACACCGGAAGGAUAGUCGCUAGGGAAGGAAGUCGCCCACUUGCGAAGACCCGACGACGCGUCUCUGAGUCCCUGAGGCAGGUGCGAGCGGGGGCGCUGAAGGAGCUCCUGCGCCCGUCCUCUCGCGAAGUGGCUCUCACCCGCAGGAGGAUGCGUCCUGCCGAUGUGGUUCUCCUGCAGUAUUCUAGAGGCUCAGACGGACUCUGUACAAUGCUCAUUUCCGCGUGGAGAGUAUAGGUCGUGUCCCUGUACGGAUCGGGGGACCUACGUUCACAGACAGUUUGCUUUUGAGACUCAGCGGUAUA